CCAGCCCUGGAAAUAUUGGGUUGGGUUUUUUAGGCGGUUUCGGGUUUAAUCAUUUUGUAAGGAAGGGGCUUUCCUUUCCUUGGAUGCCCUCCUUCUCUCUCGCCGUCGACGUAACUGCUUUGAGAACCAGUCCGCGAGAGAGAGAGAGAAGAAUCACCAAGCCACAGCGGCGACAAGCAGGGUAAGGGUUGCAUCGUUUUGAGAGAUUUUGGAAGAGAUAAAAACAUGGGAGGCAAAGGAAGGAGGAGGAGAGAGAAGAACUACAGAGCUGCUCAUGGUGGUCCUGCCAGACUCCCGCCGCCUCCUGAUCCCUCUCAAGUCGAGGCUUUACCCUCUAAACUCCGCAAAAUCAUGUCCUUCACCUCCGAUUCUCUUCACGGGUCUGCGAAGGUUUCGAAGGACCAAAAAGCAGCGGAUGGAGAUACUGUGAAAAAGAAAGACCGCGCGGCGAAUCAAAUUAAGUUAGAGGCUACUGAAAUCAAAGAUGGAAGUGAUGAUAUGCAUUUCACUAAAUCUCAAUAUUCAGAUAGUGAGGAAGAAACUGUGCAGAAGAGCAAAGAUGGAAAGAAAACCAGGAAAAGAAAGAGGAAGCAAGCAACCGACCUUCGGUUUGAAACAAUGGUGGAUAAAUCAGGGAGCAGUUCUAAACGAAAAGAGCGGAAGAAAAAGUAUUUUGAAUCAAAGAAGAAAACGCAUAAGAAUGCUAACACAGAAGAGAACUUGGACUUCCCUGGAAGAGAGAUCAUAAGAUUUGGAGACGUGGUUGAAGCUCCACCCAAGUUGGUUUCAGUACCGAAGGGUUCAAAGACCUUGCAAGAUGCUUCCAAGGAGAGGCUAAGGUUACAGGCUAUUGAAGCCUACAGGAGUCGUAAAGGAUGGACCUCAAGACCGGGGGCAGCUCAACUACCUCCUGGGAGUACAUGAUAUUCAUUGAGGACUAUUUCGACUUCAAGCAUAUUCAUCAAUUGACAUUGGCAAUUAGUUUCUGCUGGCAUGAACCGUCUGGCGUCCACUUGUAUGAUUGUGAUUUAUCAUGCUGUUGAGUGCGGGCUCAAUUUUGUUGCAGAACAUUGGUGUCCUUGGUUUUGUUGAAUUCUGACAAUAGACAUCCCGUACUCAAUUCAUAGCUUAUAUAUGGCUUUUAUCUUUGUUUAAA